AUGCCACCAGUAGUUGGUGAUGGUGUAUGUGAGAGGACCCCUCCUGUUAACAAGCUAUAUGUGUUAGAUUCUAUGAUAAGAUUAACCAUUGAGGCAGCUGUUAUAUUCUAUCGUGAAAGUGGCCAUGGUAUGCUGUUGUUAUCAAUACUUGCUGUGUGGGGUGCUUACCUCUUCUCGACCCGUGGUAAAUACAUACCUAAUGGUAAGAUUACACCUGGUAUACGAGGAGGCGACCCUAAGGAUACUACUGGCUUUGUUGGUCUUAUUAACACAACUUUGAAGGAGAGGUAUGAUGCUAAUCACCUUACACCAUACGUUCUCAAUGGUCAUUGGGCAACAGCUUUGUUAUGGCUUGUUGUGGAUUACAAGAAGAAGCCUCAACUCAGACGUAGAUGGUUUAAAACUGAUGAUACUACACCCAAGCAUCCACAAUCCAUUGCUCUUGAUUGGUGCCUUCCUGAGGGAGAGCCCAACCGAGAGGUUAAAGGUAUUUACCUUGCUCUACAUGGCCUUAAUGGUGGCUCUGGUGAAGGAUAUGUAGUUGAUUUGUAUAAUACUGCUGUCCCUCAAGGAUAUGCUGUGUGUACUAUGAUAUCCCGUGGUCUUAGUGAUACUCCCUGUAGUGGAGGCCCUGAUGAUGCUUUCUCUGGUGCUAGGUAA